AUGGUGGAGUUGUUGAUGGAAGCACUAAGACAACAACCGAGACAACCCUUUCCUCCACCUCCUCCGCCACCAAUUCUAGUGGAGCCACUCAACAACGGUGACAUUAUUACCCUGACACAAAAGUUUAAUAAACUAAAACCGCCUACCUUUCCGCGAGGCCUUCAACCGCUCAAAGCUGAAGCUUGGAAUUUGGAGAUUGAAAAGUUAUUUGAAGUGUUUCUGUGUACCGAAGAACAGAAGGUUCUGUUAGCAACUUUUACCUUGCAAGAACAAGCGAGAAGAUGGUGGAUGCUUGUUCGAAAUCAGCAAACCGCCAUGGCUUGGGCAAAGUUUAAAGAAGUUUUUUAUGAAAAAUAUUUUUCACAGUGUGUGAGAGACCGCAAGGUGACAGAAUUUGAGCAGUUGAAGCAAGGUACUAUGACAGUAGCGAAAUAUGAAGCUAAGUUCACAGAGCUUGCGCGCUACGCGCCACAUAUGGUAGACAUUGAGUAUAAGAAUGCCAGAAAGUUUGAAGGCGGUUUGGAUGUUGAGGUUCUUGAUCGAGUUAGUGUACUCAAAUUAGAAAAAUAUGUUGAUGUUUUGGAUAGAUCCAUCAUAGCUGAGGCGGAUGUUGCCGCACUAAAGCAAGUGAAGGCACCGGUGAUUGAAUGGAAGGGUAAAAGACCGGGAUCUAAUUUCAAGAAGCAUCGGAAUAACUUCUACACUCUACUGAACAAAAGACAGAAUACAAGAUCAUCUACUAGUUCAAGCCAAGGGACUGAUAAACCCAUUUGUCCAGAAUGUGGAAAGAGACAUAAUGGAAUUUGUCGCAGAAUUUGGUGA